CGCCGCCGCGGCGAUGGCGGCUGCUGGGGGUUGAGCCGAACCUCUACUGCCGCACGCCGGGCCUGCGGGGAGGCGGUGGCCUCCAGCAUGGUGCGGUGUGGAGGAGCGGCGCUGCGGAGGUAUGGAAACUUCAUCGAUGAUUUGCGGCUGUAUGUGAGAGGAGGAACAGGUGGAAUGGGUUAUCCCCGCCUGGGUGGGGAAGGAGGGAGAGGUGGCGAUGUCUGGUUCGUUGCCCAGGAAAGAUCGACCCUAAAGAGCGUGAAGGCGAGGUACCCAAAGAAGCGAUUUGUGGCUGGAACAGGAGCCAACAGCAGCCUUAAAGCACUGAAAGGUGAAAAAGGGAAGGACUGUGAAGUGCAUGUGCCACCAGGGAUUUCAGUUCUUGAUGAUGAUGGGAAGAAGAUUGGAGAACUUAAUGGAGCAGGAGAGAGAUUCCUGGCAGCUCGGGGAGGUCUCGGUGGCACUUUGGCCACAAACUUCUUGCCUUGCAAAGGUCAGAGGCGAAUUGUUCAUCUUGAUUUGAAACUUAUAGCCGACGUGGGCUUAGUUGGGUUUCCAAAUGCAGGAAAAUCAUCAUUGCUAAGCAAGAUUUCUCAGGCCAAACCUGAGAUUGCAAAUUAUGCGUUUACAACGAUACAGCCUGAGCUAGGAAAGAUCAUGUAUGAAGAUUUUAAACAGAUUUUAGUAGCUGAUCUCCCAGGACUGAUUGAAGGUGCACAUAAGAACAAGGGGAGGGGACACAAAUUUCUCAAACAUGUGGAAAGAACCAAACACCUCCUCUUAGUUGUUGAUAUCGCUGGGUUUCAGCUCUCUAAUAAGACUCAAUUCAGAACAGCCUUUGAAACUGUAUUGCUUCUAACUAAGGAAUUGGAGCUGUACAAUGAAGAACUUCUGACAAAGCCUGCACUGCUUGCCAUUAAUAAAAUGGAUUUGCCGUGUGCAAAAGAUAACCUGAAUGAACUUAUGAAACAAUUACAGAAUCCUGAAGACUUCCUACACUUACUAGAGGAAGAAGCGAUUCCUGAGAACACAAUUGAUUUCAGAGAUAUAAUUCCUAUAUCUACAUAUACUGGAGAAGGAGUUGAGGAACUAAAAGCAUGCGUAAGAAGAUCACUAGAUGAGGAAGCAGAGCAGGAGAAUGAAGAAUAUCGGAAAAAGAAACUGUCACUUUUACACAGUUCAGGAGAACAAAUGAAUAAAGGCUAGCAUUCUUGACUAGAUUUUAA